UUCCCUUGCCGAGCUAGCAACCCCAGCGUAAAUCGAGAAUGAGAAGAGCGGCCGCAGCCGGUGCCAUGGCGGUGGCGGUGCUCAUGGCCAUCAUCGGCGCCGCCGCUGGUGUUGCUGCUGCUACGCCCGCGCCGGCGUUGAUGCUGAGGCGCUCGGCGCCGUUGAAGGAGCUGAAACCUCUAAAGAAGCUUGACAGGGCGCGCUUCACCAAGAGGAGCGGCGUGCCGGAGUUCGGCCUGCUGGGCUUGCCCGGGGUCUACUAUACCAAUGUGAGAUUGGGGAGCCCAUCCAAACAGUAUUCUCUCCAAGUUGACACCGGUAGUGACCUCAUGUGGGUCUCGUGCAGCUCUUGCACUGGUUGCCCGGCAACAGAUGACGACGGUAUACCAUUCGACUUCUACAGCCCCAACUCUUCUUCGACGUCGUCCAACAUAUCAUGCGAUGAUGAUAGGUGCGGGGAUGCCAUCAAAGAAGGGCAUUCGGUCUGCCAAAGCUCGGACUCUCCAACAAACCAAUGUGGUUACGAGGUGGCUUAUGCUGGUGCAGCCACGUCAGGGUACUACGUGUCUGACACCAUACAUUUCGACACCGUCAUGGGAAAUGGAAGUGAGCAGGUUGCAAGUUCUUCCGCAUCUGUCUUAUUCGGGUGCAGUAUCUCGCGGUCGAGUUACCUGCAGACGGAUGGCAUUGUGGGAUUUGGAAAGAAUGCACCGUCCGUCGUCUUACAAUUGAACUCUCAAGGUGUGUCCCCAAAGGCCUUCUCACAUUGCUUGACAAGCUCAGAAGAUGGUGGUGGCAUACUUGUUCUUGGUGAAGUUGCGGCGCAAGGAUUGGAAUUUACUCCACUUGUCUCUUCACAGCCUCGCUACAACUUGAAUAUGGAGGGCAUUUCUGUCAAUGGCGAAAAUAUCCCAAUUAAUCCUUCCUUGUUUACAACAUCAAAUACACAAGGAACAUUUGUUGAUUCAGGGACAUCGUUAUCAUAUCUUGCAGAUGGGAUCUUUGAUCCAGUUAUUAAUGCAAUAGAUAAUGCCACCCCUCAAUUACGCGUUUUUGAUGAUGAUGGGGAACUAUGUUUCAUUGUACCUUCAAGAAGCAAAUUCUCAUUACUUCCAAAUUUGACACUGCAUUUUGAGGAUGGUGCUCAAAUGAGAGUGGGUCCAGAAAACUACCUUUUGCGGAAGGGUGCUUCUUCAAAAGGAGAGAAGGAAGACAUAUUGUGCGUUGGUUUUCUAAGGAGCAAGGACCUCGACGGUUAUCAGCAUAUCACUAUUCUGGGAGACAUUGUUCUACGUGAUAAGAUAUUUGUGUACAACUUGGAGAAAAUGCGCUUGGGUUGGGUAGACUACAACUGCUCGCUACUCGAUAAGACUACCGUGUCCGUUGUCAGCGGAUCGUUCAGGCGACACACACUGUCAUACUGCAGUGAACUAAUAGCUAUACUACUGGUCGCCGUCAUCAACAUUGGCAUCAUCGCACCAUGGCGGCUCGAUAUUUAAGCUACUGGGUUCACCGUCAGCAAUAAUAACAGCGGAGCCGAGCCGAGCCGAGCCGAGCCGUGUGAAAAGGUCAAUGUGGGCAGAGCCGUCACUGGAGGCAUUUGCACAUCAAAAAUAAGUUCCUGGGUGUGUGAUGUAUUCAACCCAGAAUAUUUAUAUUUGGUUCACCCGAUACUCUGUCAUCAACAUUAAUGAACCUUUCCCCGGAACCAAAAUUAGAGUCAGGUUAUUAUUGGCCAUAUAUAUUUCGAA